GUCUCGUACAUACGCGCUAUCUCGCGUAGUCGUCGCUGGAGCGCGGACCAGUGGUUGCGCAGGGCCCGCGUCGCGUGCGAGUGAGUUGCGUGUUUACACUGAUGGCCUGCAAGCGCAAGCGGCGGAAACGGCAUGAGACUGCCUGAGCACCGCCGCCGGCCCCAAGAUGAUUGGAUACAAUCAGCACAACUCCGGCUACAACAAGCUCUUCACGCAGGGCUCGGCAGACUCGAACUACUCGCAGCCGAGCUCGGAUCUCUCGCUGGACGAGGAGAAGGAGAGCUUGCGCCGCGAGAAAGAGAGGCAGGCCCUCAAUCAGCUUGACAAAGCCAGGACGAAGCCGGUCGCGUUCGCAGUGCGAACAAACGUCAGCUAUGACGGCUCCAUCGACGACGACUCGCCCGUCCACGGAUCCGCCGUCAGCUUCGAGGUCCGCGACUUCCUCCACAUCAAGGAGAAGUACGACAACAACUGGUGGAUCGGGCGUCUGGUGAAGGAGGGCUGCGAGGUGGGCUUCAUCCCGUCUCCGGUGAAGCUGGAGGCGCUGCGGGUCCAGGCGAGCGCGGCACGCGGUACCAAGGGCAUCUAUACGAGCGCGCGCGGAGGGUCUUCGGGGAACCUUGGUGAGAGCGGUAUGCCCUCACGAGGUUCCACACCGCCCACACCAGGUGACGAUAGCGACAGCGUGGGCAACAUCCGUCCGGGCAGAACGAACCUGACGACCCCGCCGGCCAAAGAGAAGCGGAAGAACUUUUUCAAAAAGCCGGAAACGGCGACACCCUACGACGUGGUUCCCUCGAUGAGGCCCGUCGUCCUUGUGGGACCAUCUCUGAAAGGCUACGAAGUUACCGAUAUGAUGCAGAAGGCGCUUUUUGACUUUUUGAAACAUAGGUUCGAGGGAAGAAUCAUCAUAACGAGGGUAAUGGCGGAUAUUUCUCUGGCCAAGAAAUCCUUGCUGAACAAUCCGACCAAGAGAGCAAUCAUGGAGAGGUCGACGAGUAGGAGUAGUUGUUUGCAGGAGGUGCAGGCUGAAAUCGAGAGGAUUUUCGAGCUCGCCAGAACGCUCCAGCUGGUGGUGCUGGACUGCGACACGAUAAACCACCCGUCGCAGCUGGCGAAAACGAGCCUGGCGCCGAUAAUCGUGUACCUGAAGAUCUCCUCGCCGAAGGUCCUCCACAGACUGAUCAAGUCGCGCGGCAAGUCGCAGGCGCGCCACCUCAACGUGCAGAUGGUGGCCGCGGAGAAGCUGUCGCAGUGCCCACCCGAGCUGUUCGAUGUGAUCCUCGACGAGAACCAGCUGGACGAGGCGUGCGAGCACGUCAACGAGUACCUCGAGGCUUACUGGCGAGCGACGCACCCGCCCGUCGUGCCCGCAGUGCCGAGGCCCAUGCCCGCGCCCGACUCCUCGGGCGACGGACUGCCGCCGCGCGUCUCCUCGGCUGGCCACCGCGAGAGUUACUACGGCCACGGGCCACGAGGUGGCGGAAGCACGUACGGCGGAGCUCGUCGCUCGCGCCUAGAACGCUCGGAGCGCAGCGAGUACCACGAGCACGACGAGGACGAGAGUUACGCCGGCGGCGGAGCCGGCGACAGUUUGCCAUCGCGUCGCAGCAGGCAGCAAGCCGCUCUGCAGGAGCCGUACGACAUUUAGGAACUGGGGCCCCGGGGUCUACGCUGCCCACAUCUGCGCACCACCGCCCUCUGAUCACGCGCCCACAUCCAUUAUCUUUCGAGCGAACAACACCGCCACAUCUCACACACGCGAAUCGGCCAGUGAAGAGGGCCCGCACCUCAUCCACUUUUCUUCUUUUCUCCUCCCACACACGACUUGCCAUCUCGAGCCACCACGACGACGGGCCGCAACCUCGUACGCGUGCGAAACCACGCAGUGCCAACCCAACCCCUCGACGACAGUCCGAUCGCUCUCCCACUUAUCUGCAUCUCCCUUCUAUUCAUCACCUCCGAUCGACACGUAAUGCGCCUACGCCUUGUUUCUCUCGACGAUAAGGGACGACGAGACCGACGAACAGCCUGACGGACGGCCAUACGCAAGCACAAUUACGUAUUCAUGCGAGCGCAUCACGACAUUGCUGAAAACAAUUUGACACGGGGAAAAGCGAGCAAAAUCAAUUUCGAAGCCCUGGGGCCUGGUUUUUUCUUUCGGUCGGUCGACGCUAUUGAACGACGGACAGAGACGCGCGAAUCGUCCCUCCUCUCCAGCGGGCCCCAUUUUCCAAGCCGAGAGAAAGAAAGAGGGGUGCGCCGAACACGGGGCUAUUGCGAUUUAACCACCAACAAAUAACACACACACACACACACACACAUCCACACACCUAUUACACUACACCUUCACGUCGAUGAUUAUAUACUAUUUAACAAAGUCAAACAGAGGUACACGACGAUACACUCAGAAGUAAGCGAGUCUGCCGUUUAUAACAUUUUAAUAUAUAUAUAAAUAUAGUCUAUAUUCGGAAAUUGAACAAAACAAACAACUGCUGGACGCAAGCGGACGCUUUGUCGAACCUUUAUUCACGUUCGUGUACAUAGUGCGACAAUUAAAUAUAUACGUAAAUGUGCAAAUGUGAGGAGGCCCACUAUACAUUGUAACUUGAGGAUUAAAUUUCAAUCAAUGACAUAAAACAUUUAAAGAAACAAGCGAUGAAGGAAUAUAUACGCAAACACGUACUGAGAAGGAAGAUCCGCUAUGUCGGCUGAGAGCAAUGCCAUUUGAAAGCGCGUGCGGAGUACUGUAAAUAAUGUAAGAAAAGCGAGCAAACAUAAGCGUCGCCAGUUCGACUCGGUUAGAAUUGCCAAGGAUGAUAAAACGAUAAGUGGCGAAUUGUGUUUUUUUUUCUCUAUCAGUCCGAUCCUUGCCUUUCGGCCGAGCAACGACGUAUUAUUAAUAAAAAAAAAAGUUGUACGAUCUCGUUGGCAAAAAGAAAGAAAAUACGAAAAAAAAAAAAAAAAAUACAUUGUUGAAAGAGAGAGAUUGAGCGAUGAUAAAUCUGUACUGCGUGUGCUAUGCGGAUGUGGAAGGUGAACGAAAACUUCAUGGAUAACUGUGUGAAUAUUUAAAAGGAACGACUUCGAAAUAUUGUUUGUCUAAGUCUUUCAAUCGUCAAGACUCGUCGCUUGGAGCUUGCAGCAAAUUUUAAACGGCGAGCCUCGACGACCGCAUAUAAUAUAUAAUACGAGUUUUAAGCGGCGAUCGCGCUUAACAAUUCAUCAUUAUUAUAUGAACCGGAGCAGAUUUAAACGACGAUCGUGUAUAGAUGUAAAAAGCCGAUGAUGUUGAAUUAUGUCACUAAUUGAAGUAAACAAACCUUUUGCACCACUUCUUGUACGAAAAGAAAAAUCUUCGAUGAUCUUUUGACAAACAUUUAAUAUUACCGAUGUCUUCAAAUACUUUAUUGAUUCCAUGCGCGCCAAGAGGCUCUCAAGUUAUAUAUAUUCAGAGCAAGUUGAAAACAACAAACACGCGUCGAGCUUGAACAAUGUUUGGGAUGAUAUCGUUAUUAUUUUCUUUCUUUUCCUCUCAUAGACUUGUUAAUUCAAGAAAGGUUCAGAGCCUCUGCAGUUUAAGCGAACAGUGCAUUGUAUUGUAUGAUUGUAUAUAUAUCUCCGAACCCUUGAAUGAUUAAAGAUUUUACUCUCUCC